AAAUCACUUUCUCCGACUCCAAAGUGCUUUCGGUUCGGUUCGCGACAAAACGUCAAUAAACAUUUUUAUUUUGGGUUUCGUAUGGUGGGGUAGUUCGAAGAAAAUAAAACAAAAGUCAAACCGAAAUUCUUCCCCAUGACGAACGCAAUGUGCUGAGAAAGUAUCGUGGUGCUAAGGUGGUAAUUAAACAGGUUUCAAGAAGGAUUGAUGACAAAUGAUGUAAUUCCAAAAUAAGUGCUUUGAGCAAAGUUUUUACUUAACUGCUCUUUUUUGUGAUGUGGGCAAGAUUGAAUUUUGAGUUAUCGUUUGAAGAUGGCAGACUUAAGGCAUAAAGAGAAACAACUGGGUUCACCUAGUACAGGUAGCGACGACGGAAACGAACCUAACGAGCCGGUGGGUGCCAUGGCUAAAGAACCAGAGGAUCCAGAUUUAGGAGAUUCUGCCCAUUAUGCCCCCGCGGAAACUUUAUGGUACCAUGGAAGGCUUGACAGAUUUCAAGCAGAAGAGCGUCUCUGGAGCUGCAACAAAUUGGGCUCUUAUUUAGUCAGGGAAAGUGACAGAAAGCCCGGUUCCUACGUAUUGUCCUAUUUAGGACGUACUGGUAUGAAUCACUUUCGAAUAACGGCUGUGUGUGGAGACUUUUACAUAGGAGGUCGUCAGUUUGUUUCUCUUAAUGAUCUUGUGGGAUAUUAUACAGAGUGUAGUGAUCUGCUCAAGAGAGAGAGAUUGGUACAUCCAGUACCUCCACCUGAACCAGUUAAUGAUAAGAAGAGAGUUGUGGCGAUACUUCCUUAUACAAAAAUGCCAGACACCGAUGAGCUGACAUUUAAAAAGGGUGAUAUUUUCUUUGUUCACAAUGACAUGGACAAUGGAUGGUUAUGGGUGACUGCUCAUAGGACUGGAGAACAAGGAAUGAUAUUUCGUGAACUUGUGGAAGACUUAGAUGAUAGUAUAGACCCGAAUACUGUUUUCCCUUGGUUUCAUCCAAAUUGUACAAAGAAUGAGGCUGUUGAUCUUUUAGUGAAAGCUGGUCCUGGCAGUUUUUUGGUACGACCUAGUGAUAAUUCCCCUGGUGAUUACUCUUUAUUCUUUCACAUAAACAACCAAAUUCAACGGUUUAGAAUCGAAAAAAAGGGUGUAAGGUAUCUUAUGGGCGGUAGAAUAUUUGAAUGCUUAGACGCAGUUAUAAAUCGCUAUAGGAAGGAACAAAUUGUUGAAGGAUAUACUUUACAACAUCCUUUGGUAGUAGAUGGCAGUAAAGAACUCGACUGGGUACCAGAAAACCAAAAGGCAAAAUCGGAAGCUGAAAAGAUUUACGCCACACUACGGGAAUGCAGAGACCAGGCCGGUUUAAAGAAAAUGCGAGGCAUAAAACAUCAAGGAUAUCUUCACAGAAAGUCGGACAAAGGGGCCAAGAAGUGGAAAUUACUGUACUUUGUAUUGUUGGUCGACGGUUCUGAUACUCAUCUGUGUUUUUAUGACAACCCAAAGAGGACAAAACCAAAGGGUCUUAUCGACUUGUCUUGUGCAUACUUAUAUCAGGUUCACGAUAGUCUUUGGGAAAGAUCUAACUGCCUUCAAGUAGUAGAGAGAGCAUUACCCUGCCUAGCGACCGCUACCCAUUUGGCCGCCCGUUCGCCCGAAGAAUGCCAAGAAUGGGUGAAUGCAAUAAAGCCAUUAUGUGUUCCGCAACUCAGUAGAGCUACUGCCAAAGUCCAAAGACUAAGAGAACUACGAUGCCUUAGCCUUCAUGUUUUGGACGCACACCGACUGCCAUAUAAAUUGGUCCCGAUGCCUUAUGUUACAAUACAAUUCAACGGACAAGUUAGGAUUGCGAGGACCAGAGCGAAAAGUACGCCGGAUCCUGUGUGGGAUGAAGAGUUCAUAUUUGAUGAUGUGCCAUGCGAUGUCGUAUCUUUUUCACUAACAGUAUAUAAUAAAGGGAAAAGAGGCAAGGACACUGAAGUAGCUGAGCUACAUGUAGAACUUUCAUCUUUAGGCAAUGGUGAAGAGCGAGAGGAAUGGUACCCUUUGUCUGGACUUACUCCAAUGGGUGAAUGGGGAUCUCUUAGAUUAAGGACCAGAUAUCUGCAUGAUUUAGUUAUGCCUGCUGAAGAAUAUAGUCCUUUACAACAGCUACUUUUAGAACCUGGACUGGCUUCCGUUAAAACUUUGGCGGAGUUGUGCCAUGCUGACAGAGCGCCUUUGGCUACAGCACUAUUGCGGGUAUUUAGGGCUGAGGGAAGGGAAACAGAACUGCUCAGAGAACUCAAUUCGGCAGAAAUUAUUAGAGAAACAGAAACCAGUACAUUGUUUAGAGCAGCUUCUUUAGCAACUACUCUUAUGGAUCUUUACAUGAAAGCAGAAUGUGGAGGAUUCCUAAAGGCUGCAGUAUUAGAGACUGUUUUAAGAUUAUUAGAGAGCAAACAAUCCGCAGAACUAAAUCCUGCUAAAAUGGAAUCCUUAGAUGACGCUUGUAACAAUGCCGAGUUCUUGCUUCAGGUUUUGGAUCAAGUAACGCUAAGUAUUUUCACAUCCCCUGACGCAUGUCCUCGGCCUGUUAGAUAUAUUUGUGGUAGUCUACAAAGAGCAGCUGUUAGUAAAUGGCCCGACGAGAAACUUGUACGGACUAGGGUCGUUUCAGGAUUUGUGUUUUUAAGGUUGUUAUGUCCCGCGUUACUUAAUCCAAGACAAUUCGGUCUAGUGAGCGAACAGCCCAGCCCAGCCGCUACACGAAGCCUUGUGAUGGUGGCUAAAUGUUUACAAAACUUGGCAAAUUUAGUUGAAUUUGGAGGGAAAGAACCUUAUAUGGAAGUUGUAAACCCUUUUAUACUUAAAAACAAGGAACGAAUGGUUGUGUUUUUAGAUCAGUUAUCCAUGGUAGGCGACCCUGGAGAGUCCCGGAUUAUGUCCAAAUCGGAUUCUGCCAAGGAGUUGGCAACAUUGCAUCACAUAUGCGUUGCGCAUUUGACUGAACUUCAAGCGGUUGGCAAGGUAAAUCAGUCAAUCAAAACUCUAGUAACUGUUACUGAAAUGUUGUCCAAACACAAACAAAAGUACCUUGAGAUGAUCAGAUAGUCUUUAAUUGGCCAAAAGAAGUUGGAAAUGGCUCAAAAACGGUUUGAAGAAUAACAUUUAAGAUGAUUAAUGAGGUUUUAUUUAGUAUUUUACUCAACGAAAGGCAAUAAUAAUGUGCAUUGCCGAUAGACCACCAUUUUCUAAAAAUGUAACCAACACUAGGGUUAGCAGGAGUUAUAUUAAUAAACUAGUUUUACACUAAGGCAGGAUAUUUCGUUUUUAACUGUAGGCAAAAAUCUCAGGAAGUAGAUUUGUUAGAAGCGUUAAUAACGUAACUUACUUUUAAGAAUUUUCUACGUAGGGUUUUUACUGUAUCGCUAUUAAAUUUGUUUUCAAUCUAUUUUCAAAAUCAUUAAUCAUCUGUCUUAUUGUAACCUAGUUUUUAUGUUUUAUAAAGAUUACCCAAUGUAAGGACGUUUUAA